ACGAUCUCCCCACCAUCGUUUUUCUCUGUCCUCCGCCUUUUUUCGUUCUCCUUCCCUCGGCCCCUUCUUCCUUCGUUAUUCUUUUUUUUUAUUAUUGCGUGUGCGAAUAAGGAAUUAUUUCCUCCCCCCCCCCUAAUCUUUUCUUCGCGCUAUAUCUACCAAGACGUACUCAUAAGAAACUGCAGCUCCAUAGCAAAGGAAGGAAAGGAACAAAAGAGCCUCCUCUCAUGGGUCCGCGGAGACGACUUCUUUCUCUCCUCUUCUUCUUUUCCUUCGCCCCCUUCGCCCGCGCCACCGGCGUCUUCCCGGUCCGCCACAAAUACCUCCACCACAAGCGCCCAAUCGCCGAUCUCCGCUCCCACGACGUCCGCCGCCACGGUCGCAUCCUCUCCGCCGUCGAUCUCCCGAUUGGCGGCGUCGGACUCCCCACGGACACCGGUCUGUAUUUCGCGGAAAUCGGGAUCGGAACGCCUCCGAAGACGUACUACGUGCAGGUCGACACCGGAAGCGACAUUCUUUGGGUGAAUUGCGUCACCUGCACCCGCUGCCCCAAGAAGAGCGAUCUCGGGAUAGAAUUGACGUUGUAUGACCCGAAGGGUUCCCAUAGCGGUAGUUUGGUGUCGUGCAACGAGAAUUUCUGCACGUCGACUUAUGGGGGUGAGAUUGAGGGCUGCUCGCCGAACAACCCAUGCCAAUACAGUGUGAUGUAUGGAGAUGGGAGCUCGACUGCUGGAUACUUUGUCACGGAUGUUGUAGAGUAUAACCAAGUCUCUGGUAAUCACCGAACAACACCAGCCAAUGCAAGUGUUUCAUUUGGGUGUGGUGCACAACAAUCUGGGGAUUUGGGUUCAUCUAGUGAAGCACUUGAUGGGAUUCUUGGUUUUGGUCAGUCAAACUCAUCCAUGAUUUCACAACUAGCUGCUGCUGGAAGAGUGAGGAAGGUAUUCGCUCACUGCUUAGAUACAGUAAAAGGAGGCGGAAUUUUCGCUCUAGGAAAUGUUGUGGAACCCAAAGUGAAAACAACACCAUUGAUACCCAAUAUGCCACAUUAUAAUGUCAAUCUCAGGGCAAUUGAGGUUGCUGGGGCUUUUCUACGGCUUCCAACUGACUUGUUUGAAAAUGGAGACAAGAAAGGAACAAUAAUUGAUAGUGGUACAACCUUAUCUUAUCUCCCAGAGGCGGCUUAUAAACCAUUAUUGAAUGCGAUUUUCUCUUACCAACCAAAUUUAAGCUUCCGCACCAUUCAGGACUUUUUAUGUUUUCGAUAUAGUGGAAGUGUGGAUGAUGGCUUUCCUGAUAUAGUCUUUCAUUUUGAGAAUUCACUUUCAUUGAAUGUAUAUCCACAUGAUUAUCUUUUUCAAAAUGAGGAUGAUGUCUAUUGUGUUGGCUGGCAAAAUGGUGGAAUGCAGUCUAAGGAUGGGAAAGACAUGUUUCUUUUGGGAGAUCUAGCCCUAUCAAACAAGUUAGUUCUGUAUGACCUCGAGAAUCAAGUUAUUGGUUGGACUGAACACAAUUGCUCUUCAAGCAUCCAAAUAAAAGACGACAAAACUGGAGCAAUUUUUACAGUUGAUGCUCACAACAUAUCCUCAGCCCACAGAUUGGAGGUGGGAAUGUCCAUAUUGUUGUUAUUGAUCAUCAUGAUAUGUUAUUUAAGUUGUUAGACUGUUGACAAUGAAUGAUACAUGGGUUUCAUGAGUAUGCUUCAUUCAUAUUCUUUUUAUUAAGAAAAAUGCAUUCAUUCUCUUUCCUUAUAUUACCAUUAACUACAAGGUAGCUAAUUCUAUUCCAAUCCCUGGAACAUUGUAACAUUAAUCAAUGAUUUUUGCCAUUUUAUUUUCUGGAA